AUGGAGGCCCCUAAGGAGAUCUUGUACCACUUCGAGGAGAUGGAGGUCAACGAGAAGGUUGCCUUCGAUGAGAUCAUUCUUACACCCCCCGAUGGUCGUUACUGGGCUGAUCUUCCCGUUGGUGAGCGUAUCGGAUUCUGUAUGAAGCAGGAUCGUGAGGAGAUGAAGAAGGAACGCCAGUGGCUCUGGAACAUGAUCAAGGAAGAUCCUCUGUCUCCCAUUAGCUACUACUUCCGCAACUUUGUCCUGCCUGGUGCGGGUCUGGGUCUGGAGGGUUACGUUCUCUUCUCCAUCAGUAACGUUUCCAGUCUGUUCGAUGUUUCCUUCAAGGACUGCUGGAAGUCCGGCGUCACUUGCAACCCCAACUGGGUCGCCGCUGUCAACUACCUCGAGGUCGCUGGUAUCAUGGUCGGUCAAGUUCUCGUCGGUUAUCUGGGUGAUGCUAUCGGUCGUCGUUGGGGUCUGAUUCAGGACGCCACUAUCAUGUUUAUCGGUCUUAUUAUGCUUACUGCUGCUUGGGGUCUUACUGACAACGGUUGGGUUAUCUGUUACGCUUGGUCCCUUUUCUUCUACUCCAUUGGUGUCGGUGGUGAAUACCCCAUGACUGCCACCAUUGGUAUGGAGAACGGAUACGGUUCCGGAAAGGUCACUACCUCCCACGAUCGUCUUCACCGUGGUCGUUCCGUCGUCGGUGCUUUCACUAUGCAAGGUUGGGGUCAGGUUGCCAACCUGCUUAUCCUCAUUCUGACUCUGCUGAUCUUCAACGGCGGUCACUCUACUGGUUUCUCCAAGGUCACUACCCAGUGGGUCUACCGUGUCUCUUUCGCCAUCCCCGCUGCUGGUACCCUCUGGCUCGUCUACUACCGUACCUACCACAUGCGUGCUGCCAGCAAGCAGCUCGAUGCCCAGAAGAAGAAGUCCUCCGUCACUGGUUACGAUAGCGAGUCCCUUGCUCUUACCUUCAAGCACUUCACCCCUCGUCUUAUCGCUACCGCCGGUGGUUGGUUCGCCAACGAUAUCUUCUUCUACGGUAACAAGCUCUUCCAGAGCAGCUUCAUCAAGGUCAUCAGCCCCCACAACGACACCGUCAUGACCAGCUGGCUCUGGACCCUUGCCAACGUCUUCGUCGAGAUCGCUGGUUACUAUGGUGCCAUGUGGACCGUUGACAACAAGCUCUACGGCCGUAAGUGGGGUCAGAUCAUCGGUUUCAUGAUGUGUUUCAUUCUCUUCGUCGUCCCUUGCUUCAAGUACGAGUACUACCAGAAGCCCGAGAACAUCCACUCCUUCCAGGCUAUGUACUUCCUGUCCUCCUUCUUCAACCAGUUCGGCCCCAACUGUAUCACCUUCCUGGUCGCCGCCGAGGUCUUCCCUACCCCCAUCCGUGGUACUGCUCACGGUAUCUCCGCCGCCUGCGGUAAGCUUGGUGCUCUGAUCAUUGCCAUCGCCGGUUCCUACACCACCACCCAGCAGCACUUCUACAUUGUCCCCUGGUUCGGUCUCAUGGGUGCUUUCGUCACCUACGUCUUCCUGCCCGAUACCACCGGUCUGGAUCUCCGUGAGCAGGAGCGCCGCUGGCACUACAUCCGUACCGGCCGUGAGCACGACUACCACGGUCCUGCCGUCCACGCCAAGCACUUGUCUCUGUACGAGCGCUGGACCGGCAAGGGCAAGCACUACGAUGCUGCUCUUGACUACAAGAUGAAGGUUGAGGAGUUCCGUGGUGAGUGGGAAGCCGCCAUGGCCUCUCGCGCCACCGAGUCCGAGGGCAGCGCCGAUGAGAUCUUCGACAUUGAUGAGACCAUCCUGUCUGGUGACAUGCACAAGUACUUUGAGCGUACUAGCCCCCGCAUGGAGGCUAUGAAGAAGGAGAUCCACGAGCCUUUGGUUCUUCCUCCUGCUGCCUCUUCUGAGGGUGAGAAGACUCUUUCACAGGAGUAA